UAUACUGUAUCAUUGAUGGAUCCAGCGCGUGAAAGUAUAUUAGCCACCUAUGGCAUUCCAAUGCCUCUUUCACGGACUUCACGAAAUUCAAACGGGGGCGGUCCUCCUAAUCGAAGAGGUACCACUGAUAGUCGUACUAGCAAGCGGUAUUCUAUGACUAUGCUCUACUCAAUGGCCGCCGAACAAGAUGUUGAAGUCGAAGAUGAUUUGGCCAAAG